GCCCUUGGCGGCUGCUCGCCCACGCGGCGUGGCGGCGGAAGCAGGCCGUGUUGGGCGGGCCGCCUGGGGGCAGCCGCCGGGGUAGGCGGCGCGGCUCUCCAAGAACUCGGCCGCGGAGGCCGCCCGCCAUCCUCGGUGCCCACCGGCGGCCCCCGCCGCCAGCACUGCGGUAGGGAGGGGAGCGGGGCGGUGGGACCGCUGCGCCGAGCCGAGCGGAGCCGAGCCGCGCCGAGCCGGAAGUCGAGCGUUAGCCGUUAGCGCCACAGAGGGCAAACAUGGUUUCUCCAAAAACCCGAUACUUAAUUUUCUUUCAGUACUUUGGCAGUAAAUAUAGUGGGGUCAUGGAGACUUCAACUGAUCAGUCAGUGGUUGGAGUCCAGAAUUAUAUGGAGAAGGCAGCACAGAACCUAAAACCCGUCAUUCCCAUCAAGUUCCACAUCUCCAGCCGAACAGAUGCUGGUGUCCAUGCACUCUGCAACUCUGCUCACCUUGACAUCCAGAGGGCAACAGGGAAGCCACCUUUUCACGAGAGAGAGCUCAUCUGCAGUCUCAAUUACCACCUGAAGUCUGAGCCAAUCCGCAUUUUGAGUGCCUAUCGAGUGGCCAGUAGUUUCCAUGCACGCUUCUCUGCACUGUCAAGAACCUACGUUUAUCGGCUAUUGAUGGGCUGCACUCAUCAUUCUGAAAUACCAGUGUUCGAAAGGGAUCUCUGCUGGGCUCCUGGGGGAGGCUACCUGAAUGUGCCUGCCAUGCAAGAUGCAGCAUGGUUCCUACUGGGGACCCAUGACUUCAGCACCUUCCGCUCACUCAACUCUGAAACACCUUUUCAGUCUCCGGUCAGAACCAUCCUCCAGGUAGACAUCCGACCCUCUUCUGGUUUCCUGUCCCACCACUAUGAAUACAGGGGACUGGAGUUUUGGGAGAUGGAAUUCAGGAGCAGAUCGUUUCUUUACCGACAGGUCCGAAGAAUGGUUGGGGCUCUAGUUGCAGUUGGCCAGGGGAAGUUAACACCUCGUCAUAUAAAGGAGUUAUUGGAAAUAAAAGAUUCACGGGCUUUUCCACCUCAUGCUAUGGCUCCACCAUCUGGACUCUUUCUAAAAUCUGUAGAAUACAAUGAAGCAGGAACAGCGCUCUCUCCCCAAGGUUAAUAAUCCCAGCCUGGGCUAAAAACACAGGAACAGCUAUAUGAAUGAGUCAGCCUAGUGAUGAAAUGAAGCACUCUCAGCAGUGGAGCCAGAAGGCGGCUGCCAGGCUGUUGCUGGCCUCUGAUUUGCUUGUUGCCUCAUUUUGCUCUUCUGUAGUUGUUGGUGGUAGUACUGCAGAGCAUCGUCCUCAGACAGAUGAUGGAGUCCAGGUAGAGUCCAAGGGACUGUGAAUCUUAGUGCAUAGCAAGGAUCAGAGAGAACUUUUCUUUAAACUACUCUUUGAUCUCAAGUUUUGCCUGUUUGCCCAAGUGACAAAAUAAGCAUUGGGUACUUUGUGGUUUUUUUCUUAUGACACCAGAAUCUCUGUUUGUUUUGGCUGUUUUGGCUGUAAAAUUAUUCUGAGGAUGCCAGGUUACAGGAAGGAGGUUGCAAAUUUUGACUUCUGCCUUUCCCAGAAGAAACAAUGCUUGCUUGAAACACUAUUGAUUGUCCAGCUCUACCAUAGCAGAAGCAAUGUGCAGCUGAGAUGCCUGGUACCACCAUUAUUAAUUUCCUCUUUGUGAGAGGAGGAGCAGAAUUACAGAAGAAAGCCAAACAGUUUGUCAGAGCAGACAGCCUCCUUGAGCUGGUAAGAGGACAUUCUUUGUUCUAUGGCAAUUUGGAUACAGACUAUCCCAUUCGGAUAAACAAUGGAAGAAUAUUAAUAGCCUGCUGAAAGAUUGUGUAGUGUCCACACUCUGCUUGCAUGGUGGAGAGCACAAGGCAAGGUUGGGGUGAGAGGCAGCAGCUCUUUCUGACCUCUGUUAAGGCACCCUUGCCUUUGGCUGUGGCGACCAAAUUAGUGAUUCUUCCCGAUACAGAACAGGACAGUCCAUUUCUAGGUAUCCUCUGGUGAGAAGUGAUACAUCUCCUCCCCGCUCCGUUACAGGUAGGUUUGCCAAAAGUUUGCUUUUUGACAGCCUGUGAAGAAAAGGUAAGACACUUCUGCUUACUCUCUUCCUAUAGAGCAGGCUGACUCCUACCUGCUUUGUUUCUUCAGGGCCAAAUUCCCAAAGAUGAUGACAGAACUUUGGAGGAGUCCCAAGUCUCUACCACAGAAAAGGAGAGCUGAAGCUGCUGUGUUGCUUAGGUGGAACCUGAUAGUGUUUUUCCAGUAAGGCCUUACUAGAUAAGUACCCAGAGGUAGGGAUGUUUCAGAAUAGUUGCAUGCCACAGAGCUGUACAGCACAAGCAACAGGGCUUCUCCAUCCGGAUUCCAAACCUAACGUGCCCAAAACUUUUUCAGACAGUGGUUUGUCUGAAAGGGAAUGGCAGUUUGCUAACUCUGGCUCUUCCUCCCUUUGAGGGGAAGUUUGAGUGCCCAUUUCAAAGUCUGUCAGUCAGAUUGAAGUGCUAGUACCUGGUUCAGGAGGGGCAAGGCUUGCUCUGCAGACUACUGGGGCAGGAGAGCAGGGAGGCUGAAGGUAAUCAAGGGUGCCUUUGGGUGGAAGCACUGGGAGAACUAAAGCGUGCAUCAGGGCUAGCUGCAUGCUGUACUGUCACCCCAGUUCCACAAGAGGAACACUUCACUAGUAGGGGCAACUGCUCUGUCUUGGAUCCAAGUACUGGCUUUUCAUAUUCACUUCCUGUGGUUUCUCUCUGUAAAGCAAUGUGGCAGCGUGUCUUGCAAGACAGUUUCUACUCAGCAUAACAUUCUGUUUGUGAAGUCUUUGGCGAGACUAGUGUACUCAUUUGCAGCUUUCACAUGAGAGAUGAUGACCUGAGAUGCGGUAAGUUAACUUUCUGUCUAACUACAUUUAUUAAGAGCCUUUACAGUGCAAAAAGCUGAACCAAAUAGUGAUCAAAGGUGUUCAGAUGUUGAUCAAGCCAUCUCCUAGUGCAGGCCUAGAUAGUGGAGCUUUUUUUUUUUUUUUUUUUUUUCCAUAGAUGCAGUACAGAAAUAUUUGCUGUGUUUCCUGACUUCCACCCGAAACCUAUCAGGCUUAUGGGCUUAUUCUCAAAUCCAGUAAAUGAACAACCCAGAUACAGCUAUCCAGACAGUAGUCUAGAAAUGGUGGUCACUGGCAAAGUUUGCAAUUAGCACUAAGUAGUGUUGGUUGGUUUGCUCAUUUUAAAUCCCAGAACAGUUAAAAAUAAUCCAGCGGACACAUUAUGAUAUUAAGAUAACACACUCCUUACUUAAACGUACUGUCAGUGGAGAACUUCUGUACAAACUCCUAGUCUGCAUUAGUUUUUCAGUGGCUGUAGUUAAUGCUUGAAUGUUAUCUCUAUCAUCAAGGGGUACCUAACAUUUUUUUUUUCUUUUACAUUGUUGCAUUACUAAUCCUUUUCAGUUGAUGCAGUUUGGACUUCCGAUACAUGAGGAGUUCUGUCUUUCUGAUUGUUUGACUGACAGUGAUGCUUUAAAACCAAAACCAGAAAAACCUCAUGCUUGACCUAGAAUUCAAAGACAAAAAGCUGGUUUUAUAUAAAAACGUUUUUACUAAUUCAAUGAACACAAAGUCCAGUGGAAACUUUAAAAUAAAAGAUGUGUUCCUUUCUGUA